AUGGGUCAAGCUUUUCGGAAGCUCUUCGAUACCUUCUUCGGAAACACUGAGAUGAGAGUUGUAAUGCUUGGCCUCGACGCAGCUGGUAAAACAACCAUCCUUUACAAGCUGCACAUUGGAGAAGUUUUGUCAACUGUGCCUACCAUAGGUUUCAAUGUGGAGAAAGUUCAGUAUAAGAAUGUCAUGUUCACUGUUUGGGAUGUUGGUGGACAAGAGAAACUAAGGCCACUCUGGAGGCAUUACUUCAAUAACACGGAUGGACUGAUUUACGUGGUUGAUUCCUUGGACAGAGAGAGAAUCGGAAGAGCCAAGGAAGAAUUUCAGGCCAUCAUCAGUGAUCCAUUUAUGCUCAACAGUGUCAUCUUGGUGUUUGCUAAUAAACAGGAUAUGAAAGGAGCUAUGUCGCCAAUGGAAGUAUGUGAAGGACUAGGCCUCUUUGAUCUCAAGAACAGAAAAUGGCACAUACAAGGGACUUGUGCCCUUAAAGGUGAUGGCCUUUAUGAGGGCUUGGAUUGGUUAGCUAACACACUGAAAGAGAUGAGAGCUGCUGGAUACUCUUCAGUGGGCACCUCGUCAUUCUAA